AAUGCCGAAGUCGUGAACGGAUCAUGUCUAGCGGUUCUGCUGAUUACAACAGCUCAAGAGAUCGAGACCAUGGAGGGCCAGAGGGGAUGGAGCCUGACGGUGUCAUCGAGAGCAACUGGAAUGAGAUUACUGAUAACUUUGAUGAUAUGAACCUGAAGGAAACGCUCCUCAGGGGAAUAUACGCUUAUGGCUUUGAGAAACCGUCAGCUAUUCAACAAAGAGCAAUUAUCCCUUGCAUUAAAGGAUAUGAUGUCAUUGCUCAGGCUCAGUCAGGUACUGGCAAGACAGCCACAUUUGCCAUUUCUAUCCUGCAGCAGUUGGAUAUUGAGCAGAAAGAGACUCAAGCCCUGGUACUGGCUCCAACCCGAGAGCUUGCUCAGCAGAUUCAGAAGGUGAUAUUGGCUCUGGGUGACUACAUGGGUGCCUCCUGCCAUGCCUGCAUUGGCGGUACCAAUGUUCGCAAUGAAAUGCAGAAACUCCAAGCUGAGGCUCCGCACAUUGUUGUGGGGACACCAGGCCGUGUGUUUGACAUGCUGAACAGACGGUACCUUUCACCAAAAUGGAUCAAGAUGUUUGUCUUGGAUGAAGCUGAUGAGAUGCUGAGUCGAGGCUUCAAGGAUCAAAUUUAUGAAAUUUUCCAGAAAUUAAGCACAAACAUUCAAGUUGUGCUCCUCUCGGCUACCAUGCCUGCGGAUGUACUAGAGGUAACCACCAAGUUUAUGCGGGAGCCUGUUCGGAUCCUGGUAAAGAAAGAAGAGCUUACCCUUGAGGGCAUAAAGCAGUUCUACAUCAACGUGGAGCGUGAGGAGUGGAAAUUGGACACGCUCUGUGACCUGUAUGAGACUCUGACAAUCACUCAGGCUGUCAUUUUCCUCAACACUAGAAGAAAGGUGGACUGGCUGACUGAGAAAAUGCACGCAAGAGACUUCACUGUUUCUGCUCUGCAUGGAGACAUGGACCAGAAGGAGAGAGACAUAAUUAUGAGAGAGUUUAGGUCUGGAUCAAGUCGUGUACUCAUAACUACAGACUUAUUGGCCCGUGGAAUUGAUGUGCAACAAGUCUCCCUUGUGAUCAAUUAUGACCUUCCCACAAAUCGAGAGAAUUACAUCCACAGGAUUGGACGCGGCGGUCGUUUUGGCAGAAAAGGAGUUGCCAUCAACUUCGUGACCGAGGAGGACAAAAGGAUUCUACGAGACAUUGAGACAUUUUACAACACCACCGUUGAAGAGAUGCCCAUGAAUGUCGCUGACCUGAUUUAGGCGUCGGAGAUUUUAAUGCAGGAAUAGCUGUCGAAAUAAUCACUUGCAUUUGCGCUUAUUUUUAUUGGAGGAAAAACCUAUUCUCUUCUCAAUGCUGGCUGUGGAUCAGACUUAAGAAUUUGAUAAGUGACGUGACUUCGUGCGGACAGUUGUACACUCCAACCAUAAGUUUAACUUAACUGGUUGGGUAUACAAGACAUGGGUUCCUUAAGUGUACUCUUUAUCAGGUAUUUUUUCCCUAGUAUGUUCGUGUUAGAUGUUCUUCACCGUUUAGUAAUUUACUUGUGGACUAAAAGAUACAAGUGCUGCAUCAAAUCUGCCAAUUAUGUAAUGCUAACAUAUGUGUGCAGUUUAACUUGGAUCACUCCUUACCUUUUCAGUACUAUAAAGGCACUUUUUGGUUUGUUUUGUGGAAUGUAUUAAUUUAAUUGUAUAUCCGUUUUAUCAAGUCCUUUUUUUUUCUGUGAAGUCCUCUUUAAAAUUGGGCCUUAACAUUUCAAAGCGAAAUGUUUUCUGUAGUGUUUGACCCAUUUCAAAAUAAAGAGGAUUAUGUUUA